CCGCGGGAACCCCCCAACGGCGCGGCGCCGUGCCGGAGACGGAGAGCAGGGGGGGCCAUCUCCCGCGGCGGAGAAUCGGCCAGCGAGGCGCCUCCGUGCUCCGGAAGAAAGAACGAACCGCUUGGCCCCAAGGCGAAGCAACAUUUCGUCUCGGCACGCGCGGUAGAGGAAGAAGACCGCGGUGGAGGAGAGACCUCGUGCGAAAGAGGAGGAAAAACAUGUUCAUCCAGAAGGCAUGGAGGACGGCGGCGUUCGGGCUCUACGGCUUCACCCAGUUCACCAAAUCCGGCUUCGUGGAACACGCCAAGAAGUUCAGAGAGGAGGAUAUGCAGAUCCGGUUGGAUGGGAAAAACUGCCUGGUAACCGGAGCAAAUUCUGGCCUGGGUUAUGCUACAGCUCAGGGCUUGGCUUCUCAUGGCGCCACUGUUUAUAUGCUUUGCCGGAACAAAGAAAGGGGAGAGACUGCUCUGAAUGAAAUAAGAUCCAAAACUGGCAAUAUGAAUGUUCAUCUGGAGAUAUGUGACCUUUCAUCAAUUAACGAAGUCAAGUCAUUUGCCACAAAAUUCUCUUCAUUGGAGAAGCCACUUCAUGUCCUUGUCAACAAUGCUGGCUUACUAGAGCACAAGCGUAUGACUACACCGGAAGGGUUGGAGCUCAAUUUUGCUGUGAAUGUGGCAGCAACAUACACUUUAACAGAGCUAGUGAUGCCACUGUUGGAAAAAGCAGCACCUGAUGCUCGUGUCAUUACAGUUGCAUCCGGAGGGAUGUACACUGAGCCACUGAACACGAAUUUGCAAUACAGCGAAAGCGAAUUUGACGGGACAAAACAAUAUGCUCGUAACAAGAGAGUUCAGGUUGCUCUCACUGAAUGGUGGGCUGAGAAAUACAGCAACAAGGGAGUCGGUUUCUACUCCAUGCAUCCAGGAUGGGCUGAUACACCUGGAGUCUCGAAGAGCUUGCCGGGACUAUCGGAGAAGCUAUCAGGAAACCUGAGAUCGAACGAAGAAGGGGCUGACACAGUGGUCUGGUUGGCUUUGCAACCCAAGGAGAAAUUAGUGCCAGGGGCUUUCUACUUCGACCGAGCUGAAGCGCAAAAACAUUUGAAGUUUGCUGGGACUGCAUCAUCCCACGAGCAGAUAGGUUCCAUUGUUGACAGCAUUCGCUCCAUCUGUAGUCUCCCUGCAAACCCAUAGGUUUCUCAUUGAAAGGAUCGAAGUCCUAGAAGUGAAAAUAAAAUUGAAAUUCUGAAAAAAGAAAGAAAAAGAUUUGCACCAGCCGGGAA